UAGAGCAUAACAUAACGCCUCCGAAUUGCCGUGUAAAACACGUCUUCUAGAAAACCUAUCAAACUCUAUAAAUACACAACACCUCUCCGUUCCCAUUUUCCUCCUUCAUUCCUAAGCAAUUCUACCUUCCUCCUUUAUUUUUUCUUCUAUUUCCGCCGUUUCCUUUCCCUUCAAAACUACCUUCUUCCUUUUAUACUCCCCGCCAUUCCCGUUUCUUCCACAACGACGACGUUUUGAGGGAUAUUUUCUGCAUUUUCUUUAUUCAGUUUUCUUCAGGCGAAAAGUCGGAGAUAUUCUUAGAAAUUUGAGGCUGGAGAACAAGAUUUACAGCUAUCUUGUGUAAAUGCAGCAAGGAUUCGAGAUGACGAGUAUUCAGAGAAUUCGUCAUUGAUGGACAGUGCAUUAAGCUGGAAACGGGAUUCAUGCUGCAGUGAUAAGAAAACUUUAAAUAGGUGGUUUUUCAUUGACAAGAGCGCAGGAUAGUUGAGUAGAUUACAUAAGUUAGUAACUGUGUUUUGAUUGGUUAUCCUUGUGAUCCAAGAAGUUAGACUCGGUAGAUUUACAUUCUUUGUUGUAAGAAAACUGGAUUCGGUAGACAUGAUCUCAGGCCAACCUUCCCCUAUUCUAACUGAUCCCGCUCCCAUCAAGGAAAGAGUUGGCAUCCAUCCGAGUACCCUUAUGACUUGCUCUCAGACGGGAGCAUCGUUCUCACCCGGGAUGUAUAUAUCUAUUCCUAAGAAAAAAGCCGGUUUGCUUGAGGACGUUCUUUCCAAUGGAUGGUUAGAUGCCAUGAAAUCGUCUUCACCUCCUCGUAAAAGGCACAUAAAGGACUUCAAUGUUGGGAUUGUUUCCGAAGACACUGACUUUAGUUAUUCUUCUUGGAUGAAUAAGCAUCCUUCUGCCUUGACUUCCUUCAAGCAAAUUACAGAUUUUGCCAAGGGUAAGAAGAUUGCAGUCUUUUUGGACUAUGACGGAACACUUUCUCCAAUCGUUGAUGACCCUGAUUGUGCACUAAUGGCAGAUGAUAUGCGUUCUGCUGUUAGAAACAUUGCCAAGUAUUAUCCAACUGCUAUCAUCAGUGGAAGAAGCCGCGAUAAGGUGUAUGAUUUAGUAGGCCUAGCCGAACUACAUUAUGCUGGUAGCCAUGGAAUGGAUAUAAUGAGCCCUGUGCACGAAAUGCCUAACGGACACUACUUGCUCUGUAAAGACUCCACCGAUAAGCAGGAAAAGGAAGUUAAUCUUUUCCAGCCUGCUACCGAAUUUUUGCCCAUGAUCGAUGAGGUUUUUAGAACCCUUGUUGAAAUAACAAAGGAUAUCAAAGGCGCAAAAGUUGAGAACCACAAGUUUUGUGCGUCUGUACAUUACCGUAAUGUAGAAGAGAAAAAUUGGCCAAUUGUUGCUCAGCUGGUCCAUGAUAUCCUUAAGAAUUACCCUCGUUUGUGCUUAACUCAUGGGCGGAAGGUUUUAGAGGUUCGACCCGUAAUUGACUGGGACAAGGGGAAGGCAGUAGAAUUUCUGCUUGAUUCCCUUGGGUUAGGGAACAGUGAUGAUGUGCUGCCAAUUUACAUAGGAGAUGACAAAACUGAUGAAGAUGCAUUUAAGGCGCUUCGAAAAGGAAAUCGAGGUUACGGUAUACUUGUAUCGCCAAUGCCCAAAGAUACCAAGGCAUCUUACUCUCUCAAGGACCCUUCAGAGGUCAAGCAAUUUCUGGAAGCCUUGGUGCACUGGAAGGAGCAGAAUUCCAGUUCGACGAACACGAUUUAAUUAACUAGUCUUUAUUAUUUUUAUAAAUACAUAUAUUAUUUAGUGUAGAGAUUAAAAUUUUGAAUUAAUGCAGCAAUGCAAAUGCAAAGGGCUGCCCAGCAUUGUUAUUAUUUGCAAAUUUCAGUCUUAGCUUGUAAUUUUUGCUUCUUUUUACUAAGCCUUAUAUUGAACAAAAUGUGUGUAUCACUCCACCUUUUCCAGUAAAUUUAUGUUUAAGGUGGAGAUUUAGCAGUGUAAUUGAAAAAUCUAGCAGUUAGUAUUUUGUUAAUUAAGUGACUGAUUAAUGCAAAGUAUUUUAUUUUAGAUGUUAUUACUCUUGAAGAUUUUUGGCUAAAUUAAUUAUUUACUCUAAUAGUUUCUCUUUGCUUCUGAAUGUCAAGGAACCAACUCAACUAAAAGCUUAAACUGAUGGUUGAGGCCCCAGGAUAUGUUAUAUACUCUAACAUGCCCUCUCACACGAGACCCCGUUA